ACUCCUGGUAAACCACUCGCUUUGUAUUUUCGCGACUCUUCUUCUUCAUCUCUAAUUCUCUCUCUCUCUCUCUCUCUCUCUCUCUCUCUCUGUGCUUCGUUUCUUUCACUUAAGACCACAGCACAACCACUCUCUGUUCCUCACUGCGCCCUACCCACAUUUUUUUUUUUAUAAUUAAAAAAAAAAAGUAAUCUUUUUUUUUUUUUUUAAAAAAAGAUUCAAAUCAUUAUUAAAUUAUUAUUUACUUUUAAAAAAAAAUUGAAUUAAAUUGCAAACACGUAAAAAUAUCUUUCUCCAUUAGAUAAUUAAACCCUAGCAACUCCCUUCCCCACUACUGUACAUAAAAACAUCCAUUUCCCAAUUACGACGCCGUUUCGACCUACUUAAGGAUUCGCCGUGGAAUUUUUUUUUUUUUUUUUUUUUCUUUUCCCCCCCGGCAAUGUCAAGUUCCGGAGGUUUACCCAGGAGUCGGGGUGAGAUCCAGUUCUAUAACCCACCGGCGGUACGGCAACGGCAGCUGGAGCAACGGCAACGGCAAGAGCAAGAAAAGUUAAGGAAACAGAAGCAGCAGCAGCAGCAGCAGCAUCAGAGGCCGUCUGUGGCUUCCAAGGCAGCUUCUUCUUCGUCUGUGGAGUCUGAUAAGAGGACAGAGUCCGAUGAUUGUGCGUCGUCGUUUAGUUUGGUGUCGGCUCGUGUUGGUGGCGGUGGUGAUGGUGGACUUAGCAGUGAUGCGACUAAUUUGGAUAGGUUUUUGGAGUACACUACCCCCGUUGUUCCGGCUCAGUACUUCCCUAAGACGAGCUUGAGGGGUUGGAAGACUCAAGAUUCAGAUAUACAUCCAUACUUUGUGCUGGGCGAUUUAUGGGAAUCUUUUAGGGAAUGGAGCGCUUAUGGAGCCGGUGUCCCUUUGUUGUUAAAUGGGAGCGACUCAGUAAUACAGUAUUAUGUGCCUUUCUUAUCUGGCAUUCAGCUGUAUUUAGACCCAUCGAAGCCCUCUCCAAGGCUAAGGAGGCCUGAUGGAAAGAGUGAUGGUGAGUCAUCAAGGGAAACAAGUAGCAAUGGCAGCAGUGACUAUGAAGCAGAAAGAAGGCUUAACAAUUUUGCCCGUGGGUCUUGGAGCAGACAAAAUAUUAUCGAUGCCGAUGUCCAUGGCUGGAAAGGAAUCUUAAACAAAAAUAGACCCUCCACGGGUUCCUCUAGUGAUGAAAGUGAGACAUCCAGGCCUACUGGUCAGCUUGUAUUUGAAUAUUUGGAGCGGGAUCCCCCAUUUAGCCGUGAACCUUUGGCUGAUAAGAUUUCAGUUCUUGCAUCCCAAUUUCCAGAACUGAGGUCAUUUAGGAGUUAUGAUCUAUCACCUUCCAGUUGGAUUUCUGUUGCAUGGUAUCCCAUAUAUAGAAUACCAACAGGUCCGACGCUGCAGAACCUGGAAGCCUGCUUCUUGACAUUUCAUUCCCUGUCAACACCCUUGCAUGGUACAGGCACUGAUUGGUUGCACUUCAACGGUGCAAGAGCGAGAGAGGUUUACAGUGCCAGCUUCAGACUCUCAUUGCCGAUCUUCGGCCUGGCUUCAUACAAGUUUAAAGUUUCCUUUUGGAAUCGAAAUGGAGUUUACGAAUGUCAGAAAGCCAAUUCUCUACUGCAGGCUGCUGAUAACUGGCUCAGGCUAUUGCAGGUUAAUCACCCUGACUAUAAGUUCUUUACGUCGAACAACUCAGUCAGGAGAUGAUCGUGAAGGAGGAUGGCUGUGUUUAUACAGCUUGCAGUUUCCACACGCUUAUAUGCUAGAUGACUUGACCCUCUUCUAAAGGAGAAAACCCCAUUUCCCAGCCACUUUUUUAUGGUGUUGGUUGGAUAGCUUUUAUGUUACUACGAUCAUAUUUCUUUCCUGUGGCUAGUUAAUUUAUGUUUGCCACGUGUCCGUCCCGUUGGGACGUUAUUAGAAUGCUGAUGAUGACGAUUAAGUUUUAGUAAAUUCUCCUGUGUUUUUACCA